GCCGGAUUGCAUUUCAUUCGUUUGCCGUUCGUUUUGUUCAAACUGUGUUAAUUUUAAUGAACCGAAAUAUUCGAUCGUAUUUUAUUCUUUCUCAAAAAGUUUUGAAACGCUCAAAUGGAGAGUGCUGUGUUGGUUUUUUGGAAUAUUUUUUGUUUUCCUUCCAACCGCUGUCAAAUGUGUUUUCUUUUCUUUACGUAAACAAAUGAACUACGCUUCCGCGCUGCCCGAAAAUACGAGUGAUUUACAUUUUAAUUAAACAUGCAACAUAGGUCGUCGGCAGUGGAGCUAUCUAAAGCAACUUUACGUUUGUCGUUUAUGGAGUGAAAGUGUGUUAGCCGUUCUACCGUAAACUCCACACAAUAAUGUUCCGGAAGCUUACCACAGCAUUCAACUCUCGCUGCGCACUUUCACGGUCGUUCAGUGUGUGCGAACUGUCCAAGGAACACCAACAAGUCCAGCAGCUAUGCCGUCAGUUCAGCGAGCGAGAAUUAAAACCCGCCGCAAGUGCCAUCGAUCGUAACGGAACGUUCCCGGAGCAGCACAUCGCCAAGCUGGCAGAGCUGGGGUUGAUGCGCGUUACCGUGGCGCCGCUGUAUGGUGGAUCCGGUUUGGAUAUGCUUUCCCUUUCGCUGGUAGUCGAGGAACUUUCCCGGGGAUGCGGAAGCACCGGCUCGAUAGUGUCCAUCCACAACUGCCUUUAUGCCAACCUGUUGCAUCGCCUCGGUACGGACGAUCAGAGGGCACGAUUUUUCAACAAAUACGAAAGCAAAACCAUCGGAGCGUUCGCCCUUAGUGAGGCAGGGGCUGGCUCGGACGUGGCCGCUAUGACGACCACAGCUACCAAGGAUGCCGAUGGAAGCUGGAUACUGAACGGCACAAAGGCCUGGGUAACAUCGGGCAUAGAAUCGGUGGCGGCGAUCGUAUUUGCCACCGUCGAUCCAGCGCUAAAGUAUAAGGGCAUAACGGCAUUUUUGGUUGAUUUUGACAGUGGCGCACUGGCCGGAGUGCAUCGGGGCCGCCCGGAAGACAAGCUGGGAAUUCGUGGUACAUCCACGUGCGAUUUGAUGCUGGAAAAUGUGCGUGUACCGGAAGGAAACGUUCUUGGUACCGUCGGUGGCGGUAUGCGCAUUGCGAUGGAACAGCUGGAUCGUGCACGAAUUGGCAUCGCCUCGCAGGCAAUCGGAAUAAGUCAAGCCGCCCUAGAAACGGCAGUAGAAUAUGCAAAGCAGCGUACCGCGUUCGGUGGUACACUGAUAGAUCUCCCUGCCGUGCGUACCAGAAUAGCCGAAAUGGGCACACGGAUUGAAAUGGCCCGACUGCUAGUUCGUAAAGCGGCCGGUGAGAUUGACCGUGGACUGCGCGCGACAAAGGCUUGCUCGAUGGCGAAAUGGAUCGCCGGAGAAACGGCAACGUAUGCGGCCCAUGGUUGUCAGCAAAUUUUGGGUGGCAUGGGGUACGUGAAAAGCCUGCCGGCCGAGCGGUAUUAUCGCGAUGCACGCAUUACCGAGAUAUAUGGCGGAGUGACCGACGUGCAGAAAGCGAUCGUAGCGGACCAAAUCAUCAAGGAGCUGGAAUGAUAUUGUACUCUGUUGUAGAGGUGGUGGGUAAGUGUGAGAGAGAAACACAAUUUAAUUGUGUUUUUUUACAACAAAUUUUCCAUUUACGAUUAAUGGCGAUUAAUGAAGUCUAAAAGACUUGGAGGUGUAUUUUUGAAAUAUUUUUACUACUGUAUCGUGCAAAUAUAUAAAAAAGUAUACAAGACUAAGCUGUAAUAUUCUAGCCGAAAUUAACAUAAGCAUUGGUACAUGUAGUAAUUACUGUAAUCGUCCCAGAUUUAUUGGUUGUACUUUUCUCAUUCAUUUUUGUCUUGUAACUCACAACAGGCGUAACGUGCGAUGCUUCUGAGAGUUAUCAAAUUCAUUCCAGUUUCAUAAUGUAAAGCACCUUAAUUUUCGUUGAAUUUCCUUAAUUAUUCAAUUAUAAAAGGAGUUU